CCAGUUUCACCACAUUUCAUAACCCUAGAAAACCCCAUUAUCCAUCCUCACACUUUCACCAUUUGCACACACUUUUUCACAUCUCCGCCGUAACCUACCGGCGAUUCGGGUCGGGUUUCCGGCUAUCUAUCCAUAUCUAUCACCCUCACCUCUCCUAUCACCCUCCACUAUCAAAAAACACAAAAAAAAUCCAAAAUUUCUAGGGUUUCUGUUUCAAAAAUUGAAAAUUUUACAAAAAAGAUUUGGAUUUGGUAAUAAGAAGAGGAGAGGGAGGUUGGAAAAGCAAAAAAAAAGUGAAAAAUUUUGAAAAGAUUAAAAAUUUUUGCUAGGGUUUUGAGAUGGCGGCGCAGGUUGUUCAGGCUCCGGCGGUGAACGGUGGUGCUGCUGGUGGUGGUCAGCAGUUUGUGGCGACGAGUUUGUAUGUUGGGGAUUUGGAGGUUAAUGUGACGGAUGCUCAGUUGUUUGAGAUGUUUAAUCAGUUAGGGCAGGUGGUGUCUGUUAGGGUUUGUAGGGAUUUAUCUACCAGGAGGAGUCUUGGUUAUGGUUAUGUUAAUUACAUGAAUCCUCAAGAUGCUGCAAGGGCUAUAGAGGUGCUGAAUUUCACCCCUCUCAAUGGAAAAUCAAUCAGGAUAAUGUAUUCUCAUCGGGAUCCCAGUGUGCGCAAAAGCGGCUCUGGAAAUAUCUUUAUCAAGAAUUUGGAUAAAGCAAUUGACCAAAAAGCCCUACACGACACCUUCUCUACAUUCGGCAACAUUCUCUCUUGCAAGAUCGCUACUGAUUCAACCGGUCAGUCAAAGGGCUACGGAUUUGUGCAGUACGACACUGAGGAAUCCGCACAACAAGCUAUCGAGAAACUCAACGGCAUGCUUUUGAACGACAAACAAGUGUAUGUUGGCCCGUUCUUACGCAAGCAAGAACGCGAACUAGCUGUCGACAAGACCAAAUUCACUAACGUCUUCGUUAAAAACCUCUCCGAAUCAACAACCGAUGAGGAUUUACGAAAGGCGUUUAGUGAAUACGGAACGAUCACCAGUGCGGUUGUGAUGAGGGACGCUGACGGUAACUCCAAAUGCUUUGGGUUUGUUAACUUUGAGAGUACCGAAGAUGCUGCUAAAGCUGUAGAAGGCCUUAACGGACAGAAGUUUGAUGAAAAAGAAUGGUUUGUCGGGAAAGCGCAAAAAAAGAAUGAACGGGAACAGGAGUUGAAACAGAAGUUUGAGCAGAGUAUGAAGGAGGCGGUUGACAAAUCACAGGGGUUAAACUUGUAUGUAAAGAAUUUAGAUGACACGGUGACCGAUGAAAGUCUCAGGGAGUACUUUGCGCCUUUCGGUACAAUAACUUCCUGCAAGGUCAUGAGAGAUCCUAACGGAACUAGCAAAGGUUCAGGUUUUGUUGCGUUUUCCACUUCUGAUGAAGCUUCUAGAGCUCUUAUGGAGAUGAAUGGCAAGAUGAUCGCUGGCAAGCCUCUUUAUGUAGCACUUGCGCAACGCAAAGAAGAUAGAAGGGCACGAUUGCAGGCACAGUUUUCACAGAUGCGUCCAAUUGCAAUGGCGCCAGCUGGAGCUCCUCGCAUGCCAAUGUUUCCUCCUGGCGGUCCUGGUAUGGGUCAACAAAUGUUUUACGGUCAAGCUCAGCCUACGUUCAUUCCUCCCCAACCUGGUUUCGGGUACCAGCAGCAACUUGUUCCCGGUAUGAGGCCAGGUGGCGGUCCACUGCCAAACUUUUUCAUGCCAAUGGUUCCACCGGGCCAGCAGGGACAGCGUCCAGGUGGCAGACGCGGCGGUGUUCCUGGGCAGCAGAAUCAGCAACAGCCCGUUCCUCUUAUGCAGCAGCAGAUGAUGCCACGUGGCCGAGUGUAUCGUUACCCUCCUGGUCGUGAUGUUUCUAUGGGUUCUGUUCCGUAUGAUAUCAGCAAUCCCAUGCAGUUGCGUGACACUGCUGGAAUCUCUCAGCCGAUUCCCAUUGGUGCUUUAGCUUCUGCGCUUGCAAAUGCUUCUCCAACAGAGCAGAGAACGAUGUUGGGUGAGAAUCUGUACCCGCUAGUGGAACAGCUGGAAGCGGAAUCUGCGGCAAAGGUGACAGGAAUGCUGCUGGAAAUGGAUCAGACGGAGGUCCUACACUUGCUGGAGUCACCGGAAGCGCUCAAGGCGAAGGUUGCGGAGGCAAUGGAGGUUCUUAGGAAUGUUGCGCAGCAACAGCAGCAACCUGCUGAUCAACUUGCUGCACUGUCCUUGAACGACCUGAACUAAUCGAGGUGCUUAGGAACAAGAGUUUUUAUAUUAUGCUAGUCUGGAUUGGUUUUAUUUUUGGAGACUGUUGACUUUGUUCGACUGUUUUGCUGUGUUUGAAACCCUUUAUUUAUGACAUGGGCUACAUUAUUAUUAUUAUUUUUAUGUUU